CACAACAACGUUUGAUGCUUCAUGAUCCCAAAGUUCGUCAAUCCACACCUUCAAGGUCAAGACUUUGAGCUUGUGUCUCGAGCACAGCUUGUGUCUGACGUGGACCCCCUUGCGGAUGCGCACAGUACAUCUGACGUUGAGAUCACAACCUCAAAGCGCAAGCUCUAUGAGCACCUCUUCUCAGAGUUUGGGCAGUAUCUAUCAACAGCUCCUAAUCAUUCUCCCAGCAAGAAAAAGCGAUGCAACGGGAACAAGACAACGCCACCGGACGUACAGGAUGGCCUAAUAUUGUUUCGUUUGCUUUCCAGUACAACACGCCCAAGGAUCAUAUCAACUAUUCCGAAACCUCUACCCAGGCCAAUAACAAGACCACCUGAAUGCGAAGACAACCCUAUCCAGGCUGACGAACGGAUGAGACGCGCCCAGUCUGUAGCUGUGGACUUUGCACGGCUAGACGCGCCGUCGCAAAAGCACUCCAAUCCAUUUGUACAAGCCGACCAGAAAGUCAUCCGCAUGAGAGGCAAUUUACCAGUUCCUCACCCCACAGUGAUGGUUACCGAAAGUCAUCGACACAAAACAGCGCGCAGGCAGGCAAUGGGGUCACCAAUACCUGGUGCUAUCGAUUCCCCACAUUCAUUACGGGCAACCUGCAUCAUUUUCCCUACUGCUUAUAGUGAGGAAUUGCAAUCAUACCACAAGACACACGCCAAAGCGGUCAAGAAGAAGCCUUACGAACGCCCGUUUCCUGCUUAUUGGAGGCCAGAUUCUAAUCAACGGGGAAAAUGCGCGGGCUAUGGAUUGGGCUAUCCAGGAAGUUGGAGUGUUCGUUACGAGGGCGAUCUGAAGAAACCAUGGUAUGUGAGAGAUACAAUGCGGAAAGCGGUUUUCAUCACAUAGAAAUUGACGUUGAGCAUGAUUAUCCUUCGAAUCAAAUCGCAUGUUUGCUUCUUUGUGAUUCGACACUUCACUUCAAUCGACGCAACUUUGAGGCCCGCCUAUAUACUAAGAUAGUACUUAUCUCCAUUCGUCCAAUAUAGUUUCAAACUCUAAU